GCGGAAGGGAAGGGGCGGCGCGGGCAUGGCGGCGCGGCGCGGGGCGCUGAUCGCGCUGGAGGGAGUGGACCGGGCCGGCAAGAGCACGCAGGGCCGGCGGCUCGUGCAGGCCCUCAGGGACGCCGGGCACCGCGCCGACCUCCUCCGCUUCCCGGACAGAAGCACAGAGAUUGGGCAGCUGAUCAGCUCCUACCUGGGCAGGGAGAAGAACCUGGAGGACCACACCAUUCACCUGCUCUUCUCUGCCAACCGCUGGGAGCACGUACCGAUGAUGAAGGAGAAGCUGCACCAGGGGAUCACGGUGGUGGUUGACAGAUACGCCUUUUCUGGAGUGGCCUUCACAAGUGCCAAAGGGAACUUCGGCCUGGAGUGGUGCAAACAGCCUGAUGUUGGACUCCCAAAGCCAGACCUGAUCCUGUUCCUCCAGUUAAACCCAGAAGCAGCAGCAGAACGAGGCGACUUUGGACAUGAACGUUAUGAGACCAGCUCCUUCCAAGAGAAAGUUCUUCAGUCCUUCUACUGCCUAAUGGAGGACAAGAGCCUGAACUGGAAGACAGUGGAUGCUUCAAAGAGCAUUGAAGACUUGCACAGAGAAAUCAAGUCCAUUGCAAAGGAAACUAUGGAGGAGGUUCAGAAUAAACCUUUGGGAGAACUCUGGAAAUGAAACUUCUGGUCACUUCUUGGAUCUUCUGCACUUGGGUGACUGUGACAUCCCAGCAGCUACAGCUUAGAUCCUGUGUAUUCUUUUGGGUCCAACAUGCUGCUGAUGUCCUUUUUAUUAUCUACUCCUCCCUUCCAGCCUGCAGAGUCCCUUCUGCAUUUUUUAAACGAGUAUGCCAUGAGUGUUUAUCAGAUUCCUUGUCAAAACCUCCUUCCCCCAAGCUCCUGUUCCAGCUCCUGGAGUGCAGAUGUGAGUGUGGAGCCCAGGGCCAUCCCUGGAAACAGACAGUUCCCAUUUUUAGGGAACUGCCACGUUUCUGAUCAUUCUUCCUCUCUAGAAAAUGCAUCUGCCCCCACAUGCUCAAACCAGUUUGUAGAGGAUUUGCUAAUAAAGUGCUCUUUGAAGCA